AUGAUUUCCCGUUGGAUCGAGAUUUGGGAGAAGGUUAUUGUCCACUGUACAGUGAAACCCGAAGGGCGAGAUGUGGACGGGCCUUUGUGUGGCGAUGAGGGCGAGGAGGUACUGCACCACCACGAGGCGUGCUCGCAAGAGACCGGAAUAAUGUUGCCAUUGCAAGUGAAUGAAUCGCAGUCCUGGAUGAGCAGUGAGAAGGUCUCGAAGUGGGCUGCUUUGGUCAACGGCGAUGGGCUUGUUGGUGAAUUGUCCGGCGUACUGAUUGAGUUGAAAGAAUGUCAUGAUGACAACGAAUUGCCUGUGUUCUGCGCUGCCAUCUUGAUUGUCGACAUGGCAAGUCCCGUGUCGACGCAAGCCUCGUCAAUGACCCGUGGAUAUUCUAAUGAAAGCUCCCCUGAUGAGGUAUUCUUCAAGGACUCAGUAUCUGGGAUUGAGGCGAAUCACCCACAGUUCAUCAAUGAUGUAUACAUCACGCGACAAGAACUCUUAGACAAUCUACCCAGAACCCUCUUCAGCAACCAGAACCUCCUUCGUGAGGAUCGUUCAUUUGUCUGUAUAUUGAACCAGGGAAGCUAUGACUUCAUUGUGGCGGCUUUUGCGGUGCUGGCGCUCGGCGGUGCGGUGGUUCCCUUAUCCCCAAAUAUCCUCCCGGAGGAAGCAAUUUAUCUGAUGAACGAAUGUCAGUCUACCAUGCUGAUGGCUGGGUCAAGCGCAUUUAGCCAUGCUGCUGAUAUUCAGCGAUACGCCGCAAGUCAGCAGCAGGAUAUUCAAAUCCAAUCAAUUUCUAUUCAAACCUCACUACAGGCGGUCCAGGUCACUAUUGACGAGAGUAUGGCUAUUUCUUCUGAGCGACCCAGCUUUAUUAGCUUCACCUCUGGCACAUCGGGGGUGCCUAAGGGAGUCGUCUUCGCGCGUCGCUACUUGGACUUACGGUAUAAGCCACUGGGACCGGGUGCCUUUAUUAACUGCACCUCGCUGUGGACCAUAGGGGCUGUUCGCCUCAUCAAACAGACGUUGCUUGCCCGCCGGAUCGAGAUCAUGCCGUCAGAUCCCAGUGUGUUGUGGGAGCGUCUGCGAAACGGAGGCGCUGAGUUCCUCGCUGCUGUGCCUCCAGUCUGGCAGAACAUGAUGAAUCACUACCAGCAGCAUCUGGGCCAUCUGCCAGCUGUACAGCGGGAAGAGUAUCUCAGCGGUCUGCGUGGGCUCCGUACCUCGCGAGUCAACGGUGGAACAUUAAUCUCGUCGAGACUGCAAUUCUGGAAAAACCUGGGGAAACCGCUGGAGCUAUGCUACAGUGCGACUGAGCUCGGGAUGCUUUGCUUGGUGACGGGGGACGGUGCUAGUGCUCAUCGGAAUAACUACCUUGGACGGCCACUGCGGGGAGUAACCAUCAAACUCUCCGAGGGCACUCAUGGGGAGAUGCUGAUCAAAACCCCGAAGUUGUUCUUGCGUUAUCUGAACAACCCCGAAGCCACCAAAGCUGUUUUAACAGAUGAUGGCUUCUAUCGAACAGGAGAUCUAGUCUCUUGCGAAGGAAAUGAGUAUUAUUUCCAUGGCCGUGCUUCUACAGACUUCAUCAAAUACCACGGUUACCAAGUCCCUAUCAUGACCGUCGAGAAGCAGCUCAAUGACCUCCCGGGAGUGAAGGAAGGUCACAUCCUUGCCAUGCCAGACGAACGAUGCGGAUACCGCGUUGCCGCUCUGGUUCAACUUGGCACAGGCGGCGAUGCCGAAACUCAGCCAGCCACCCUUGAUCUGCCUAGUCUUCGAACACAGCUGGUGGAAAAGGUACCCACAUUUAUGCUACCCACCGCCUUCCGACUGUUACAGGCAGACGAGACCAUCCCGCGCACUGUAUCGGGGAAGAUUAUCCGCCGAGACGCCACCAAGCAGUUCUUUCCUGUCGGUGAGGAUGGGUUAUGUUCUGCGCCGGAUGUACAACUGUGGCUGGCUCAGCCAUCAAUGUGUCAGACGAAUGGCGCCCGGGCCCGGGCCUGGGACUGGGCCGGUGCUCCCAUGGGAUGA